AUGGCUCAGUCUCCAACUGACAAUAGCUCAGACCUUCAGUCAACUCCUCAAGGCUCCACGGGCGCAUCGCUGGCGUCCUCUUCGGACAAAGAAAACCGCGCUUCACCAACGGCAUCACGCGCAGAAAAACGAAAGCAGGGCGGAUCGUCAGCGCAAGCUAGAACAACAACCUCAACCAUGGAGGAUACAUCGAAUAAACGGCGUAGGGUCUCGGACAGGGUCCAUGUUGAGAAGGUUCAUAGAGAUAAAUUGGCGGACCUGGGUGAUACUAGCCUCUAUGACCCGGAUCAGGAUCCUGAAGAACGAAGGGCGAUCCGUAGGAGUCUACGAGAGCUCACAAAUAAAAUGAACGAUUCGCGCGCCGAAUACCUACAAACACGGUCUAGGGGCAUCCACGAUACCGUUACAAAGGCUAAUGAGCUUUUCAUGUCCGUUAAACAGACAUCAGAUGCGACAAUUGAUUCUCGCCUUCUCGUGGCUGCAGCUGAUCUAUCGUAUAAGCGUACUGCACAAGCGGUUCUGGGAGACUCAGCUGCAGGCAUUGAUGUGGAUGAGUUUGUAUCAAAAUGUAUAUCAUUCAUGCGUGGGGGAGCUACUGAUGAGGCAUCAUCGUCCAGCCAGCAAGUGAGCUCUCAACGACGUCGGCGCCGAACCGAUGGUGGAAAUAUCGAGGAGUAUGAAGAUGAAGAUGACACCCUCAACUGGGAUGUAUUGGGUAGGCAGGCAUGUCUUCCCUACAAUCUGCGGCCUUCACUCUCUGGUUUCUUGUAUGGCCCACUGUCUGUUCAAAAGCGAACCCGGCAGGUCACACAGCGAAGGGCAAGGCAGGAAAGGAUCGAUCCAUCCCAGGCAGUUCGCCCGCAACAACUCCAAGCCGAGGAUUUGGAGAAGCUGGAGACCGCCAAUUUGACAGCUAUUUGCACCGAGAUUCGGAAAAUCCUAGUAACCAAGCAGCAAUCAGGUGAGGCGCGUGCUACCAACGAGCUUUCCAAGUUGAAAGAGCCUACACAAGACCAGAUUCGGGAGGUUGUGGACAAAUAUGACCUGGCCGAUGAUGGUGGAGUGCCACUUUUCAAAUUCUGCAUCAAUCCAAACUCCUUUGGACAGACCGUGGAGAAUCUAUUUUACGUCAGCUUUUUGGUCAGAGACGGGAGUGUCGGAGUCUAUACUGACAGUAAACAGCUCCCCACGCUGCAUCCAUCAAAGCCAGUAACAGCAUCCGAAGCUAGGGAUCAAGGCAUAGAGAAGUUCCAGGCUGUUUUUAGCCUUGACUUCGAAACCUGGCGAGAUUUGAUUGAGGUUUUCGAUAUUAAAAAGCCCUUAAUCCCUCAUAGAGAUGAAGAGGAGCAGCGCGGUCAGACCGCGCUUGCAAGUCAGCGUUUGUAA